CAGCGCUCUGCCUGUGCUGAGCUCGGUAUCUGUUGUCUCUACUCGGCUGUACGGACCGCUCUCAGGCUCCGCUCGUCCUUUGAUGAAAUGGCAACAACAGUGAAACUGAACACCGGGGCACAAAUCCCCAUUGUGGGACUUGGGACAUGGAAGUCUGCCCCUGGUAAGGUCACAGAAGCAGUGAAAGCAGCCAUCUCUGCAGGUUACAGGCACAUCGAUGGAGCGUACAUCUACCACAACGAGACGGAGGUGGGAGAAGGCGUUCAGGCCAUGAUCAAGGACGGCGUGGUGAAGAGAGAAGAUCUUUUCAUAGUGAGCAAGCUGUGGUGCACUUUCCAUGACAAGUCCCAGGUGAGGAAAGCCUGUGAAAAGACUCUCAGUGAUCUUAAACUGGACUACGUAGACCUCUAUCUAGUGCACUGGCCCAUGGGUUUCCAGGCUGGUGGUGAGGACUUUCCUUUGGACAGUGCAGGAGAGACGAUCAGUGAUAAUACUCACUUCUUGGAGACGUGGGAGGGGAUGGAAGAGCUGAUGGACGCUGGUUUGGUCAAAGCUAUCGGUGUGUCCAACUUCAACAAGGCGCAGAUUGAAGCUAUUCUCAACAAGCCAGGCCUCAAAUACAAGCCUGCCAACAACCAGGUGGAGUGCCACCCGUACCUGACCCAGGAGAAGCUGAUCAACUACUGCCACUCUCAGGGCAUCUCAGUGACAGCCUACAGCCCCCUGGGCUCCCCUGACAGACCCUGGGCUAAACCGGAAGACCCAUCACUUCUACAGGAUCCCAACAUUAAGGCUAUUGCAGAAAAGUACAAGAAGACAGCUGCUCAGGUCCUGAUCCGCUUCCACAUCCAGAGGAACGUGAUCGCGAUCCCCAAGUCCAUCACGCCUCAGCGCAUUCAGGAGAAUUUCCAAGUGUUUGACUUUGAACUUUCUGACGAGGAAAUGAAAACUGUAUUAGGAUUCAACAGGAACUGGAGAGUCUGUCCCAUGCAGUGGAGCACGAAGCACAAGGACUAUCCCUUCAAUGCUGAAUUCUGAAAAGGAACGUGCUGAUUCUCCACAGGUUUAAAGUGGGAGCUGGGGUUUGCUUCUCUGCCUUCUAGACUGAUUGCUUCCUGCUGUUUAGAGCAGUUUGCUUGCAGAAGAUUUUUGUUGUCAUGUUACAGUUCUCAGGAAACAAAAACACAACUUCCUUUGUUACUAGUCUUGUCUCCAUACAGUUUUUACACACACACUCCAAAGAUGUAUUUACACUCGAGAGGCUCAAUGGCUCCAUUCUGGAUUUUGAGCUUUGCACAAAUACAAUUGACUGUUAAUGUCUUUUCCUUACAUGGUCAGUUUCUGUUCUGUCACUUACAUAGUUUGCUUGGAAACAAGAAUUGAAUUGCUUUGUGUCUUAAUGCAGAGUAAGUUCUACUGUUUUAAUUUGUGGCGUUUAAAGUUACUGAAUAGCUAUUCGUGCCAUAUCCAGAUAUAAUAUUUAAUAUUUUCAACACUAGUAACAGUUCCGAGUCAGGUCUCAGAACCGAAGGAAUAAAUUACAAAGGUAUCGGCCUCAGUUAGUUUUGCGUUACAUGUAAGAGGAAUUAACCACCUACAGUAAAUUCUCAUUUCAAAAUAUAUUUUUGUAGCACAUUGGUGAUACAUCCAAUGAUAUAUCAUAUAUCAAAACACUUCUCAUUUAUCUAAAUAUUUCCUCCUAAUUUCCCCCUAUUUUCUGUCAUGGCAGUUUUUUUUAGUUUCAUCACAGGGAAUAGUGCCUUAGGAUAUAAAUUGAUUCAAAAUUCACACUGUUGUCUCUGUGUAAUCACAGAACAUGUUUCCUCAGCUAGGAUGACAGACUGUUUUCCACUAUUAUCUGUGAGUCAUAUGUGGCACAUUGUGAUCAUGUGUGUUGAUUGCGUUACAAAAUAAUCACUUGCACUUCCCGUAUCAGCUGCUUUUGUAAAGUGUUACAAUAAAGGCCUGUGAGAGGAAAUAAAAAGGAGGCGGCGCUUGUUU